CAGGGCCCGGCUGACAGGCUCCACGGGGAAGGGUCCGGAGGAAUCACUGCAGAACCGGGAUCCCUGUCACAAGAACGAGAAUCAUUUUAAGUAGAAGCGCUUUAAAAUUCUACCUCAAUCCGUUCUGUACUCACUGAAUGCUCUGUCAUCUGUAAAUGAAGAUUUCUUAACUCCUGCACCAACCGGAGCUCUUCCGCACAAUGAUCACACCAUCAUCAAGGGAUGUGGGGAAGCGUGGUCUGACUAUGGACAGAAAAGGAAGUGCAAAAGAGACAAGAAAACCAGUAGCACAGAGAAAAGCUAUAAUAGCUUCGAACAUUAGUCAACAAAACCACAAACAUCAUUCAGCCUCACAACUAGUUUUUCAGCCUCAGAGGGUGUGAUAUAUGAUUAUUACAACUAUGUGCAUGUGAAAAUUACUAAACUGCUUGUAAGUGUGAUGGAGCUGCAGCAGCAUUUUUCUGUGUCCGCGAAUGAAUAUGAAGAGAGUGAGGGAGACGCAGAGAAGAGGGAGAUGCGGAAAAAUGAUGCUGUUAAAACAGAAGAUCUUUAUCAAAGUCUUCACUUCCCACCUACCGCACACCAUGGAGCUAUUAACAGUACAACACUGGUCUCAGAACACCGUGAAAUAAAGUAUGUGUUUUUACUGUUUGCUGUGAACAUUCUUAUCUCAGCCAUCAUCCUCGUCAUUGUGGGCCUUAAUUACACUCACAACACAGAAACACAACCAAUAAAAGGACAAAAAGAAAUGUGGCUUCACCGAGACAAUGUGUUUUAUUUGUUCUGGAGUGACCACAGUGACUGCAGCACUGCUCAGAGCUUCUGUUCUGAGAGGAACGCCAGUCUGGCCAUUUUAACUGAGCAUAACAAGGUCUGGUUGAUGUCCAGAACCAAUGGAAAGCAAUUUUUGGUCUCAAGAGCCUCAUCAGAUGGAUCUGGAGACAUUGAUGUUCCAUCAGUGGAUGAUGAAGAUCGUGAGUGUGGCAUCAUGACCGAUGACGUUGACAUAGAUCAUGGUGAAGGAUUUGUGUGUGAGAGGAGAGUGAAUCCCAUAGGCUGAUAUUUUGCAGACUUCUUUUGAAGCUGAAUGUAUGUACAAGCCAGCUCCUUGGCCCAAAGUUCAACUUUCAGACAGCAUGCAUGUUGUACUUUUAUUUUUUUAAAUUAUUGUUUUAUACAUUCAGUUCUUAUAAUGCUUUAUUAAUUUGUGCAAGGCAAAACUCUUCUAUGUAACUACUAGACAGAAUAACUGUAUUGUAGAGGUUGUCUCCCUUUGAGGCUUUCAAUUACAUUUUUAAAAAGCAAGCACUUUCCAUUCGUUUUUGUUUUAAUAACAUCUGAUGUAUUUGCUUUAGGCAAAUUGAAUCACGCUUUGGCUAUGUCUAAGUUUAUUAAAUAAAUUCAGCAAAUUUCUUAUGAUCACUUGGUCUCAAGUGGGGGAGGGGGAAUUUACAGAUUUCUACUGAGGGCGAAACUGCCAACUUUCCCUUCUCUUACUCUUCCCCUGCAUCUGCCUCUUGGCUGGCAGAAGAGUGAUCUUUCUUGACUGAAUAUUAGACAAAACCUUAUAGCAUUAAUUCAAGACAAUUGGGACUUUCUUUCCUUCAGACACAAUGGCAAAAAAUGGUCCCAAUUUACAAUUUGAGAGAGAGAGAGAAACCCCUCUGUCUCUGCUGUUACAGAAGAUGACAACAAUGAUCAAGAAUACACAGAUGCAUUACCGAAUAUAAAUCUCUGUGUAGAUAAGAUUUUUUGUUAUUCUAAGUUUUUAAGUCUACUCAUAGGCUUCAGAAUCCCCACAACCCUACACAGAACAAGCAGUUUGGAGAAUGGAUGAUAAAUCUAUGUACUCAGUCUUAAAUCUUCAUACAUAGUUGUGAUGAUGUCAAGUGAUUGUGCUUGUAACUCUACAAAGCCACUAGAUGGCACUGUUAUGUGUUAGAAGUGUUAUGUGUUAGAUACGUGGCAAUCAAGAAGAAGAAAAAACUAACCUUUGUUAGUAUGUUAAGAUGAAUAAAGAAAAACAUGUUAAGACUGCA